AUGGAGCAUAUCGCCCCAGUAACACACCCAUCCGCCGAGCAGGAUGUGGUGACCGAGGCGCAGAUGCGCAAGUCAUCGGUCGCGCCAGUCGAGAAGCCCGAGGUCAUGGAGCGGACUUGGGGGUUCGCCGCUCGCACCGACCAUACCGUGACCUACGAGGAAUACUCGUACUGGGCCAAGAUCGAGCGUGAGAUGGAAAUCGAAGAGAACAAAGUGUUCCAGGCCGAACACGGCUCUCCCCUUCUCGAAUCGAUCAAGAACUCCUUGACCAAAGGCGGUCGAGAGAAGAACAAGGUAGUCAAGGAAGCCAGACUUCAGACCCUCGCCACGCUCGAAGAGAAGAAGCAACCGUCUGGUGUCGUCACUGACGUUGGCCACGACCAUUCGGUCGAGUCUGCAUUGAAAGUUACAGACGCGGAAUGGCGCAAUGCUGCACGUGCAUUGCGAACUGCUAGCUGGGGUCAAAUGUUCUUCCUCAUCACGACCGAUAUUCUCGGUUGGUCAGGAGCACCAUUUGUCUUCGCCAGCGUCGGCUAUGGCACCGGUGUGGCGCUUUACCUCAUCUUUGGCAUCUUCGCUGCAUGGGGCGGCUGGGUCAUUUGGAAGACGUUUCUCGAGCUUGAUUCUUCUCGUUACCCAAUGCAGAGCUUUGGCGAUCCGUUCUUGCGCAUGUUCGGUGUGAAAGCGCGCCAUUUCAUCAACAUCGCGCAGUCGCUCCAGCAGUUCCUCACCGUGGCCAUUCUCAUCUUCAGCAAGGCUUUGAACAUUGAACAGAUUGCCCAUUCGAGUGUGUGCUUCGUGGCCAUGAUGGUUGUCAUUAUGGCUGUCGGAAUGCUCGGUGGGCUCAUUCGAAGCUUGAAGAAAAUUGGAUGGAUCUCCAAUGCCGCUGUGUGGUUCAACAUUGUGAACUUCAUCAUCUGUAUGGUGGCUGCUGUGCACUUUGCACCUUACUAUCCGGCAAUCACAAGGUCGACGCUCAUCAAGACCAUCGAGCCCGUCAAGGUUUUUGCCGGAAUCCCACCGGAUGCGUACCAACAGCAGUCCCCGGGUUUCGCGGCCACGUUUAACGCGGUCAACACCAUGGUCUACGCCUACGCCGGGGCUCUGCUCUUCGUCGCCUUCCUUUCGGAAAUGAGACACCCUCUCGACUUCUGGAAGGGCAUGUUGCUGGCCCAGGCGUUCAUCUGCAUCGUCUACAUGUUCUUCGGCGUCUUCGUCUACUCGUACUACGGGCAGUACUCGGCCAACAACAUCGUGAACGUGGUCACCCCCUACGGCCUACAGACAACUGGCAACGUGCUCAGACUGCUCUCCGGCUGGAUCGCCAUCAUCAUGUACUUCAACAUCGGCAUGAAGACGGUGUACCUCGAGGUUUUCGAGGCCAUCUUCAAGUUCCCCUCGAUCGUCGAGAAGAAGGGCAAGUACCUCUGGUACCUGUUGGGCCCCUGCUACUGGAUCCUCGCCUUCAUCGUCGCCGGCGCCGUGCCCAACCUCAACGGCAUCGUCAGCUUGGUCGGCGCCGUCUUCAUGAUGAACUUCACCUACACCUUCCCCGGCAUGAUGUACAUGAGCAGCAUCAUCCACAAGGCCGCCGAACUCCCCGGCGAAGGCUUCAACCCUGCCACCCGCGUGACCGUCAGACACGACGACGGCCUGAAGCGCUGGAUCAGAGGCUACAAGAAGACCUGGGUCCGAAGCACCAUUGCCUUCAUCUACGUCCUCCUCGGCCUCGCCUGCUGUGGAAUGGGUACCUGGGCAGCCAUCGAGGGUUUGAAGGACGUUUUCGGUCCUGGUGGAACCGUCGCCACCAGCUUUGGAUGUCCUGUGCCUGUGUAG